AAUCUGAAUGUCUUCCUUCACGAUUAUGAAAUAAGCUGGUCUUUGGUAAUGCCUUUGAUAACAUAAAACAUUGACAGAGCCUGCAUGUCAUGCAGAGUGGUGCCACUUGUGUCUCUCCACUGAUAAAUUGCUAGAUAUUAUCAGCAAAUUUGUAAACGGAAUACUUUUGACUGCAUCUGUAGUCCUGUACAAUGGCUACCUUGACAAGAAUAACAUUACUGGUGAUGCUAGUGCAUUUAUUAAUAAACUGUAUUCUUAUGUCGCAAGCUAAUGAACAGCCAAGUGUGAGAAAUUCUUCAUCUCCAGUUGCAACCAAUGGCCAGCUUUUUCCAUGGAAUAAAAGAAGACUUCCUGAUUGGACAGUUCCACUCUUGUAUAUUUUACAUAUUCAUCCUAAUCUAACUACUCUAAAUUUUACUGGAUCUGUGACAAUACAGUUAUUGAUCAAAAAGGAGACCAGCUUUGUCAUUCUACACAGCAAGGGCCUUGACAUCAACCAGGCAACCCUACUCGGAGAAAAUGCUGGCAGUAUCCUUUCUGGAAAAGUGCUCCACAUUUUAGAAUACCCUGAGCAUGAUCAGCUUGCACUACAGAGCCCUGAACCACUCCUUCCUGGCAUGGUGUAUUCCAUUCAGAUCAAUUUCUCUUCUGUGUUGGCUGAAGGCUUUUCUGGGUUCUAUAAAAGCACUUACAAAACCAAGGACGGGGAAGUCAGAGUGAUUGCUACCACAGAUUUCGAACCCCUUGAUGCACGAAUGGCUUUCCCUUGUUUUGAUGAACCAGCAUUCAAAGCCAAUUUUUUAGUAAACAUAUUGAGAGAGAAACAUCACAUAGCAUUGUCCAAUAUGCCAAAGAUUAAAACCAUUGAGCUUGAUGAUGGACUUGUAGAAGACUAUUUUGAUGCGAGUGUGAAGAUGAGUACCUACCUUGUAGCCUUCAUUGUCUGUGAUUUCAAAUCUGUUACUGCAAUUACUUCAUCAGGGAUAAAGGUCUCAAUAUACGCUGCCCCAGACAAAUGGGAUCAGACACAUUAUGCCUUGGAAGUGGCUGUAAAGUUGCUGGAGUUCUAUGAGCAGUACUUCAAUAUCUACUACCCCCUGCCCAAACUUGACCUUAUUGCUAUCCCAGAUUUCCAGUCAGGUGCCAUGGAGAACUGGGGCUUGAUCACCUACAGAGAGACAGCCUUGCUGUAUGAUCCUAUGACUUCCUCAGCUUCAGACAAACUAUGGAUAAUGAAGGUGAUCGGCCAUGAGCUGGCACAUCAGUGGUUUGGUAACCUGGUGACUAUGGAAUGGUGGGAUGAUAUUUGGCUUAAUGAAGGCUUUGCCAGAUACAUGGAAGUAGUGUCUGUGAAUGGCACCCACCCAGAGAUACAGAUUGAUGACUACUUUUUGAGUGUUUGUUUUGGGGCCAUAGCAAGAGACUCACUCGUAUCAUCUCGACCAAUCUCUAACCCAGCUGAAACUUUGUCACAGAUAGAGGAAAUGUUUGACACAGUUUCCUAUGAUAAGGGAGGCUGUAUUUUAAACAUGCUCAGAGAUUUUCUAACAGAAGAUGUAUUCCACAGUGGCAUCGUCCGGUAUCUGAGAAAGUACAGCUAUGGAAAUGCAAGAAACCAAGACUUGUGGACCAGCAUGGCCAGUACCUGCUCAGAAGAGGAUUUCACUUCUGGUGGAUACUGCUACACAGCUUCUCAGUCCCGUAAAAAUGCUUAUCUCUAUGCUGGGGAGCACAUAGAUAUCAAGGAAAUGAUGAACACAUGGACUCUGCAAAAGGGGAUCCCACUCAUCAUUGUUGAGCAUCAUGGAAAAGUAAUUCGCCUGCGGCAGGAAAGAUUCUUAAAAAUUUUGCAAGAUGACCCUGAAUGGAUUUCCUUGCAAGCUGGAUAUGUUUGGCAUGUUCCUUUAACGUAUGUUACCAGUAGCUCCAGUUUUACUGGCAGAUAUUUACUAACAAACAAAUCUGAUACUAUUGAAUUGGACAGAGAAGCAGACUGGGUGAAAUUUAAUGUGGAUAUGAAUGGCUACUAUGUUGUACAUUAUGAAGGUGAAGGAUGGAAUGCAUUGACCAAGCUGCUAGAGAAGAACCACACGUUUCUGAGCCACAAGGACAGAACACACCUUAUUCACAAUGCAUUUCAGCUCGUCAGUGCUGGGAAGUUGACUCUAGAUCAAGCCCUUGACCUGACUUACUAUUUACGUCAUGAGACCAACAGAAUCCCCCUGCUUGUAGGCUUGGAAUAUUUGGAGCUUUUUUACAGGAUGAUGGACAGACAGAAUAUCUCUGAUGUGGCAACAAAUAUGAAGAUGUACAUACUGAAACAUUUUAAGACUGUGAUUGAUAACCAGACCUGGAGUGAUGAAGGUUCCAUCUCAGAGAGGCUGCUUCGUUCAAGUGUUUUAGAGCUGGCCUGUGACUUUCAGUACUUUCCAUGUGUACAGAAAGCAAAACAGCUGUUCAAAGAAUGGAUGGAAUCAAAUGGCACAUUAAGCCUUCCAACUGACAUCAUUAAGUCAGUAUAUUCUGUUGGAGCUAAAGAUAAAUCAGGCUGGAAUUACCUCCUGGAAAAGUACAAAGUGUCAAUGUCUGGAGCAGAAAAGUACAAAAUAUUGUCAGCAUUAACACGCAGCAAAGAUGCAAAUCAUCUAAACUUACUGAUUCAACUGGGUAUGCAGGGGAAGGUUAUCAAGACACAGGACGUUCCAGCUAUCCUUGGUGCAAUAGCCAGAAAUCCAGCAGGACAGAUAAUUGCUUGGAAUUUUGUCAAGGAAAACUGGGACAAACUUCUUGCUACAUUCCAGUCCGCUGCUUCCACUUCAAUGAGAUCAGUUCUGUUUGGGACAACAGCUCACUUCUGCUCUGAAGAGAAGUUGCAGGAAGCGCAGAUUUUCUUUACAUCAAUUGACAAUGAAGAAUCUCCACUGAGGGUUACUCAAGUCAUCAUGGAAACUAUUCAGAAGAACAUCAGGUGGAUGAAGAGAAACCUCAGUACUCUAAGGAGCUGGUUAUCAGAACAUCUGUAGACUGCAGUUAGGACAGGAUUAAUCUGUUCAUAAGACUGGUCAUUAACUUUCAAAACAUAUAGACCAGUCAAGGUUUCUAGUGGCUGUGAUCUUUACGGAGUCAGAUACAUGUCUCUGAACAGGAGUAGCCAAAUGACAACUGAAUGUUAAAAAAAAAAAAGAAGAAGACACUUUUGAAGCUUUAUCAGCCAUUUGCCAUUGGACUGUUUACUACUAUAGGUGAUAAUUUUGGAGGAUCCUGCAGGUGUAUGGAAUAGUCUACUGAGCUUUCAGAUAAACUCUGUUGAGAACUGUCUGCACAUUUAGUUUUAGACAGCUAUAGUUUUGUUCCUCCCAUUUGUCAGCAUCAUUGAUGUACAGGUUAUGUAGGUAAAUACCAUACAAACACAGUGCUUAUUACAUUUUUCACAAGUCAUCAAUACAAAAUGAUCAGUUUAGAAGGAACUGUUCUGUUAGCGGUGUUACAGGGUAUUGAAAACUAGGAUUUUUGCUGAUGAUGUUGCUAAUGCACUAAAUUAACACAAACUAUUUAUUUUCCUGCUUCUUGUCAUGUUAUGUUGCAUUUCUAACCCACGCUUCUGUGAUGCGCAGCUUCAUACUCUUCACGUUAAAAAAAGUGGCGGAACCUAUGUUAAUGUUAAGAAUGUCACAUUAACUGUUGGUUUUUUUGUCUGUUGCAGCCUGGUUUAUAAUGGCUUUGUACCAGCCAGUAUAAAACUUAGGCAUGCAGUAACAAUGUGAAGAUUAUUUGAGUUCUUACUAUGAAACCCACCUGGAACCAUUUAUGGUAUCUUAUACAUACCAGUGGGCAACUCUAUAAAUGGUCCUUGUGCCAAGGAAAUGUACACAGUUUUGUCAGAAAUUGUUUGAGGAACUAUGCUCUAACAUUGUUUGUGUUUUAAAACUAUAUUUACUGAAAAUAGUUAUUUCACCAACGCUGUCAUUAGUGGAAUUACCCUACCAAAUGCUUCCUUUGCCUAAGAAGACUGCUUACACAAAGUGCAAGAAAAAAGAGAUUUCUUGUCUCUUGCACCACCUUACUUAAUAUAAUCAACUCUAAUACUGCAGUGCUGUUUGACUACUGCAGCAAACAUAGACACACACACACAAAGGAAAACUGCUUUCUAUCACUUUGCAAAAUGUAAAAAAAAUCAUUUUUUUAGUAAAAAAUAGUGUUCAGAUGAGAAAAUUACUUUUGCUAAGUUCCCAUCAUAAGAGUGAGGGUCAGUGAACCUCAUUUCAACAAGAUGACCAGCUACCAGAUAGCUUUCAGUUACUUCCAGUUAAGACCCGAUUCCCCACAUUUCUGCAGCCCAGUGUAUGUGUUGAUUGUAGGUUAACUUGAUUUUGCAGAGAUCCUCUGCACUUUACAGAAAUGAAUUUGAAGUCUCGGUGGUUCUGCAAGAUGUACUCUCAUCACUGAUACUGGUGAGAUCAGAAAACUGUGGUUUCUUUCCACACAUCUGACACUGAGCGAUACUCCAGUUCUCACUUUACGUGUGUGUUAGAUGUUACUUUCUUGUAGUGCCAUCCACUGAAUGAGAUACUACCCUUCACUUUUACUACUUCAUUGCCUCCUUGCAACAGUGAAGUAUUUAUGUUUGUAUUUUUUUCAUUUAAAGUCUUCACAGUGUAGUACCUUAAACCGGCUGUAGGAUAUAUGCAAAUGUCCCUUAAGGACAUGCUGGUGUUACAGCUACAUGGCUGCUGAAUGCACUUUUGACUUUCAUUUUGUUAUAGUGUUUACCACUGCAUUCAGUCUAAUAAAGUUAAAUCCCACUAGUUGUAGAAAUGCAGUGCUUCUCCCAUUUUUUCAGCAUGUUAAUACAGCCAUACUUUAGACACACAGAGCUUAAAAAAACUUGAUGUUUGUAACAUUAAAAUGACUGCAAUAUAUCCCAAUUAACAUCCUAACCAAAGGGUAGAAAGGUCAGACAGACAAACCACUUAAUGAAAGAUCCAGCAAAGCUAAAUUCUUCACUGUGUAAUACCUUAUACAUCCUGUAGUGGAGGCCCAUGGGAUAUAUGCAGAUGACCCCUUAAGGACAUACCAAUGUUUCAGCUGCAUUGCUUCUUAAUGCUCAUGACAUUCAAAAAAAAAAAGUCUUUACUCCAAAUCACACAUCGCAGCAUUUUGAUACAAGCCACGUGGAUAGAGUCAAUAUAAUCACAAUGUGAUAGUGCUCCCUUGCAUACCAGUCAACCUGACACUAACAAUAUACAUCAUUGAAUGGGAUGCUUUCGGCCACAAGAGCCUAGCCAACUCUUAGGCAAGAUAAGCAUUAUCAGAUUAAAGAUCUUUAAAAAAUGUGAAAAACUUUGGGUUGGUUAUAGUAAAAUUCAGAACUUUUCAGUACAUUGCUGAUGUAUUAUAAAGCCACACCAACAGCUAGAAAUGCAGUAUGCAUCCCCUUCCCUUUCUUGUCUGUUGCCAAAUAUUUCCUGGCCAUUUCUUCGUACUUCACUGGAUCUCAUUCAGAUGCAGAGUCUGCUAGGUCUUCCAUUUCAAGUUUGUCCAUACAGUGAGAUUCCAACCCUAGAAUGCCAUCUGUACUCUACUGUUGACACCAACCAGCUAUGGAGUUAAACAUAAAAAGUAGUAGUAUUUUGUGUGGGCCAGAUGCAGCCAGAACAUUUAAUCAAACCACUAACACACCAGGGGGUUAUAGGACAAAAUAGUGUAUGCACAGAGUGGGCAAAUACAAAAUUUAUAUGCAGCAUAUGCCAUUUAGAAAUUUAACAAAAUGCAAGCUGCUGUAUGUCCACAUAGUUCCCUGAUAUAUUGUGCAUUUGCAGAAGACAGCAGUCCUCUGUGUUGCUUAUUCACUGUACCCACACUGCACAAUUGAUAUCCAUUAACUGUUGUACAUGGCAGAUAAUGGAAUGGGUGACAACACCCCACCACUCCAGACAACUAGCAAGUUAAGGGUCACAAUACAAAAAAGACUGCCCCCCCUUACCACAAGGCCAUGAAUAGGGCCCAGUUUUUGGAGUGAUAUCAUCAAACAACCCUUCUCACUAACCUAUAUUUAUUCUUCCCCAUUGCAUUGCUGGAUAGCAGUAAACAAAAGGACCUUGUGUGCUACAAAUCCAGAACAUCAGCAAUUGAUGAGGAUGGAGCUAGAUACCCCACCAUCAGUGCUGCAAAGCCUUGUGAUGAGGAGUACUUACCUGGACAUGCUGGAGCUGUGCAUUGCAUAGUUCCAUCACAAAGGGGCAGUAGGAGACAUGUAGGAAUGGACAGUGAUGCUGGCCUUAUGGUCAUAAAAGUCACAAGAUCUGCAGCAUGUGUGCAGUUACAAUAUGGAAGUUCAUUGAGGGAGAACUAUAGCUGGUAACCCACCAUUAAUAUGACCCAGUGCCACUGAAGUGCUCAUUGUUUAGCAUAUGUACAACAUAAAACUAAAGGCUGUCAAAACAACGGAUGCCACCUAUCAAAUUAUUCAUGAGGAGAUGCAGCAAACACUAUCAGAGGUAUACCAGGAAAUGCCCAGCAGGAGAAGCCUAAGACAAUCGACCAAUGGCAGAUGAAGGCAGGAGAGGGGAACAUUACAAGUGUGACAUCCAUACAAGAUGUGCAGCCAGAAGACCGUCAUUGAAGAGGAACCAUUUCAUAGUUUGAAAAGGAUUGUGGCACAUCACUCCUGUUCUUUCCCACCUCUGCCAACAUACAGGAUCAGUAUACAUCAUAGAUGUUGCUGACUGACUGAACAUGCCCCACAUGGUCUGGAAUAUUUAGACAUCUCUAAAGUAUGCAGGUAUGUCUGCAAACAACAAAAUAGUUUCACUGCUCUUCUUUGUCUUGGGAAGGAAGACAAGACUUGCCUGCUUCACCAUGUGGUCCAUUAUGAAGAAACUGGUCACUAGUGAUGUUCUACAGUAAUCAUCCCAGUAUGGUAUGCCUUGAUUUUGAAUAGCUUGCCCUCUGAGCCAUGAGGUGGACGCCUUCCUGGAAAAUAAACAAUAUUUAGUAACCCCCUGGAGUUUGUGUAUGGGGUUUCACAUCAAUAGAAGUUAUAGUCACAACAUGACACAGUUCAGCACAACACAUGUACUGUAUAUAUGUUAAUAUAUUUGAUCCAGUACAAUAUACACUGACCCUUCCUCACAUGUACAUUGCCCUGAAUCCCUCCAUAUAUGCAUGGGUUCACAUUCCCUCUCUACUGCACAUUUGUGUGGGGCUGAUAUCAGACUUGCACUGUCACCAGGCUUGUUAUUACCAGGAUGUGGGUUUGGUCACACAUCGGAAUUCCUGUUGUAACCUGUGAUUGCUUCUGUGUUACACUGUAACUUGCCAAGCAGACAAGAUGAACCGAUCCAGUGUUUGCCUGUCAUUUAUUCUGCAACUGAUUGGUAAGAGAAUAUUUAUUUUGAUUUAUCUUUUAUUUUUAUGUCUGAUUUUCAUUGUGUGUUGGUAGAAAGGGAUAGCUUGUAGACAGGAAAUUUUAUUUUGAUUUAUAUUUGCUGUUUUUAAUCUCUGUUUUCAAUGUUUGUUGUUAGAAAGGGAUAUAUUGCAAAUAGGCAUACUGUAGCCACCCCAAGGGGCCUAGUCAGCUAUAAAGUCACACAGACUGUAAACUGGAGAAUCUAGAGCUUAUCUGAAACAGUCAAGUGUUGGUUUAUGAUUUAUUGUGCAUUUUUGUAAUAAGAGAAGAUUUGUUUUGAUUUGUGUUAUUUUUACUUCUGAUUUUUACUGUUAUGACUGCAAGUGAUUGUAUAGAACAUUCAGCUUUUUAGAGUUAUUUGCACAAUUAGUACGGCAGGUCAAAGUGAUGACAUUAAGAAAUACUUGUCCAUGUGCAAGGUUAGUGCAGUGCACUUAGUAUUUAAUUGCAUGUGGUUUGUGUGUGUGUGUUUUUUUUUGUUUUUGUUUUUUUUUAGUAGAACUUAAAUUAUCAAGUAAUUUCUUUGAAUUCUGUGGUAACUGAGUUUGAUUAGUCUUCCCCUGUAGAAUCAUUUGUUUGUAUCUGGAUUCCUUAAACUAAUUUGCCAUUAGUGAUUUGCUAAAGCACAAGUAUCUUGCGCAGUGUACUAAAUGCAAUGUAUAUAUACUGUAAAAGUAACACCUGAUAAAAUUGGUUACCUGUA